GUGGCCUGGACUCCAGUCUAGUGGCGGCCACACUGAUGAAGUUGGCCAAGCAGGAGGAGUUGAAGUACCCCGUCCAGACCUUCGCUAUUGGCGCUGAGGACAGCCCUGACAUUCAGGCCGCACGCAAGGUGGCUGCAUACAUAGGCAGUGAACACCACGAGGUCUCCUUCACCCCUGAGGAAGGGAUCAAAGUUGUAAAGGAAGUUAUCUUUCAUCUGGAGUGCUAUGACAUCACCACCUUUCGCGCCUCUGUAGGCAUGUACCUGGUGUCCAAGUUCAUCCGUGAGAAGACAGACAGUGUGGUCAUCUUCUCCGGGGAGGGGGCAGACAAACUCACUCAGGGAUACAUCUACUUCCACAAGGCUCCCUCCCCUAAAGCAGCAGCUGAAGAAAGUGUUCGUCUGAUGAAGGAGCUCUACUUGUUUGAUGUGCUGAGGGCAGACCGCACCACUGCUGCUCAUGGGCUGGAGCUCAGAGUGCCUUUCCUGGACCACAGAUUCACUGCCUACUACCUGUCCUUACCUGAGGAGAUGAGAGUUCCCAAGGAUGGUGUGGAGAAGUUUCUACUGAGAAGUGCCUUUGCGGGUGAGAACCUAAUCCCAGACGAUAUUCUGUGGAGACGCAAGGAAGCCUUCAGCGAUGGCAUCACAUCUGUCAAGAAGUCCUGGUACACCAGCCUUCAGGAGCACAUUGAGUCUGAGGUGAAUGACUCUGAACUAGAGAUGGCUGCAAAGACAUUCCCCUUCAACCCCCCCAAAACCAAAGAGGGCUACUACUUCAGGCAGAUCUUUGAGGAGCUCUACCCUGGGCGCUGUGAGUGGACUCCCCACUACUGGAUGCCCCGCUGGAUCAAUGCCACCGACCCCUCCGCCAGAACCCUGUCCAUCUACAAACCCAACAAGGACCAGUAGAAUCCAUAUGCCAGAACCCUGUCCAUCUACAAAUCCAACAAGGACCUGUAGAACCCAUACGCCAGAACCCUGUCCAUCUACAAACCCAACAAGGACCAGUAGAACCCAUAUGCCAGAACCCUGUCCAUCUACAAACCCAACAACGACCUGUAGGAACGCUCCACUAGAACCUUGGCCAUCUACAAUUCGGACUUUAGAACCCCUCGCCCAGAACCCUCUCCAUCUGCAAACUAAACAAGGAGUGGUAGAGUCCACUAGAACACCCUUCAUCUUCUCACACACCCGUGUUCCAGAUCCCCUUCUUCUUGUCUGCCAUCUUUUGUUCUUUUCCUAAAUCACCUGUAAGAUCCAGAGCUGUGCUAUUGUGUGAAGGAGGGGAUGAAUCUGGACCUAAGCUGACUUAAUUGCAGAAUUGUAAAUAUUAUAUGCACUAUUAAAACCAAGAUGCCUCCAGGAAGUAAGGCAUCACUCCCUUAAUAAAAGCAUAGUAAAUUAAUGUAUUAAUAAUCAAAUGUUUAGAGAGGAGGAUGCAUCUCCAGAUAGAAAGAACAUUU